GGGGAUCGCGUGCAGCAGCCACGGGCUGUCGGAAAGAUGAGAGUCACCGGUGAUGUGCUUGUGCGGAGGCCUCGCGGAGGACAACGCCAGGAUCAUCCUCCUUGCCGUUGUCCUGGUAGCGUACAUGCUCGCAGGCGCGGCCCUCUUCGAAAGGCUAGAGAGCGAUCUCGAAAUACGACAGGCCACGGAAUUCUGGCGAGUCUACCACGCGUUUCGAAGGCAUCAUCUACGAGGUAGUCCUUUGGCCCUGCAGAGGCUGCACGAAUUGCUGUAUGCCUACGGCAACGCUUCCACUACCGGCAUCAUUAACAAAAGACGCCGCUGGGAUUUUCCCGGUAGCUUUCACUUUGUCGGCACCAUAGUUUCUACGAUCGGGUACGGAAGCACCGCGCCUCAGACAACAGCGGGUAAAGCGGCUGUCGUUCUUUAUGGUUUCUUCGGUUGUUCCGGUGGCAUCUUAUUCUUCAAUCUUUUUCUGGAGAGGAUCAUUACUUUCCUGGCGUGGAUUUUGCGCAGCUGGCACAUACGUCGACUGAGAAAACGUCUUCGCAGGACCACAUCCCGACGAAUCUCUAAGUCGUCGAGCACUCAGAGAUCAUCUCUGCCGGAUAUCCUUGACGACGACGACGACCAUGUGAACCUGGACCAAUGGAAACCGAGUGUGUACUGGGUCAUGCUCUAUUUAUCCAUCACCUCCUGCAUCGUUGCCUGUUGUGCCGCUGCACUUUAUGCGCCGCUGGAGGGUUGGGAUUAUUUUGACGCGUUGUACUUUGCCUUCGUUAGCUUCACCACUAUCGGGUUCGGCGACUUUGUUAGCACGCAAAAACCAAGCUACCCUUACGUACAUUGGUACAGAUUCACGAACUUCAUAUUCCUCGUGAUGGGAUGUUGCUGCAUAUACUCGCUGCUGAACGUCACGUCGAUCGUGAUAAAACAGGGCCUGAAUUAUGUGAUACACAAGUUACAAUACUGUGGUAACCGGGAUGUAGCAGCGCCGUAUUUACCGAGGAGGCAGUCCUCCGUGUCGACCGUAUAUUAUUCAAAGAGGAGACCGACGAGGCUCGUUGGCAGGGAUUCGAUCAGGGCGGAGGAUAAUUCGGAGACGCCUCGUAGGAUGUCAGGCGAGAUGAUUUCCAUGAAAGAUUUUCUAUCCGCAAACAAGGUCUCCCUGGCUGUGAUGCAGAAGCAGUUGUACGAUGCCGCGCAGAAGCAAAGGGGUGGAGGAUCGCUCGCCGCUACGCCAAAUCAUCAGGUGUUGAAGCCCGGAGCAGUAGGUCCGCUCGCGAUCGCCAGCGAGAAGUUUGAGAGCAAAAGCACGAUAAACAGAUAGAAAGAUCACGGCACGAAAUAGAGGCUGAAAUAAACAUAUAAAUACAGCACAUCUGUAUUAGUCUAUUUUUCACGUUUAAGUAACUGUUUGCAAAAGACAUGCUAAUUUUUAAAGCAAAUUCGUCAAUAUUUUAUGUGCUAAUGUCUAAAAAUUAUUAAGUUAAAGUUAUAGAAAUUAGUCGUAAUAUUUUUUUAAACGCAAUACCUUUAUAUCCAUGAUUCGCUGUAUUGUAAUUCCUAUUGAACGUAAUAAAGGAUCGUUGUAUCGCU